GCGUUUGAGCAGUGGGCCAAUGAGUGCAUUCGCUCUACGAGGAAAAACCACGUGACUAGGUGUAGUUUUGUCCUGCGCGCUCUGCCUCCGAGCCAGAACUGUGCUGUCAGGCUACGCUGAACGUUUUACUGGUGGUCUUUAUCUUAUUCAACUGACACGUGAAGCUCGCAUAUUAUUGACAAACAGAUACUGGACGAGACAUAUGCUAAUUAUGUCGUUAAUAACCGCAAUUACGUCCUGUCUCUCGUAGGUAAAACAGUGGCAGUGAUCUGAUUUCAGUAUAAACAUAAAACGGUGGAAAUGUAAUACGCGUAUUGUUCGUCGAAUAAUAUGGCGAUUAAGAACUUUGUGACUGAAAAAAUUCGUAAGGAAAAUGCGAAGUUGCUAUUUUAUGUUACCCGAUUAACCACAAAAUAAAAGACCGUAGGAAAAAAGCACUGGCAAAGAAAGAAAGUGAUCGGACUUUACGCAAGUAUUUUCUCUGACGUCAACAAUACCUUCGUGACCUGGAUUAUCUUGAACGAACCAAGAGAAAAAAGGAAAAAAAGAAAUAAGUGAACUUCCUCCAGCUGAUAUCUAGUAGUCUCACACAGAACCAUUCUUUCAUUUUUCACCCGUCAUAAAACCUAAAGGUGUUCGACGUAUCCCUCUUCCUUUCGCGAGAGAGAGAGAGAGAGAGAGAGAGAGAGAGAGAGAGAGAGAGAGAGAGAACAAAAAUACGAAGAACAGAAGCCAUGGCACUGGCAGGGAGGUGGGCAGGUGGGAUCGGCCGCCUGUGGAUAGUGUUUCUGGCCUUCGUGAUUGGUUGGCAAUCUGCAGUUCACUCGGUUGCAGGAACUGAGAUCAUUCCUUUAGGAGCAAUCUUCGAUAAGGAUUCUCGGGAGAUUCAGGGAGCUUUCCUCUACGCACUGAACGAGCACAACCAAAACGUUUCCGGGAGACACUUCCAUCUGCACGCUUAUGUGGACAUUAUCAGCACAGCAGAUGCCUUCAAGAUCUCCAGGCUUGUGUGCAGCCAGUUCUCAAGACCGGUCUACGCCAUGGUGGGAUAUGUGCAGCCCGAUAGUUUCGAUACACUUCACUCGUAUGCCAACACCUUCCAGAUGCCUUUCGUCACGCCAUGGUUUCCGGAAAAUGUGCCCAAUCCUUCCUCUGGUCUGAUGGACUACGCCACCAGUAUGAGACCAGAGUAUCAUCAGGCAAUCAUCGACCUUAUUCAUCACUACCGCUGGGACCAUAUCAUCUAUCUAUAUGACUCUCAUGAUGGAUUACUCCGGCUUCAAGAGAUCUUCCAGUCCAUCAAGCCUUCCAGAGCCGACUUCAAAAUCCAAGUCGUUCAUCGCGUCGUCUCGACGCAUGAUGCCUUGAGAUUCCUCAGAACUUUGGAGACAACAAAUAGGCGCAAUCUGCUCUCAUUUACGACGCGGUGAGGGUUGUGGGCGAGACCUUAGCGAGGCUCCAGAGAAAGAUGGCAGAAGCUUUCGACGGGACUUCCGAACUCAAGACCCCGCGGAGAAUCACCUGCGACUUCAACCAAGCCGAACAGUCUAUUUGGGAACACGGGGAGAAGAUCACCAGGAUCCUCAGGAAGGUCGAAAUUGAAGGACUGACUGGCAACAUAAGCUUCACUGACAAAGGCAAAAGGAAAAACUAUUCCCUAGAUGUUGUGGAAAUGUCGUAUAACAGUGAAACCAUUACGAUUGGAAAAUGGUCUGAUAGUACUGGAUUCGAGCUGUUGCCUGUCAAGUAUACACGUCUGCCGCAGGAUGAGGUUCCACUUAACAAAACGUACAUUGUUACCUCCAUCUUGGAAAAGCCUUUCCUAAUGAGACGGACCAAUGGGAACUACACGGGUAACGACCGCUAUGAAGGGUACGCCAAGGAUCUCUGCGACUUUAUUGGAGGAUAUCUCAGCAUUAAUUAUACUCUGAAGGAAGUGGCGGACAAUACCUACGGAGCUCUCGACCCGAAUAAAGAAGGAGGAUGGAAUGGAAUGGUCGGGGAACUCGUCAGAAAGGAUGCUGACAUAGCGAUUGCCCCCCUAACCAUCACCUCGAGUCGCGAGCGAGUCAUCGACUUCACGAAGCCAUUCAUGACUCUGGGCAUCUCAAUCAUGAUCAAGAAGCCGGUGAAGCAGAAGCCAGGCAUCUUUAGCUUCAUGUCUCCCUUGUCGGAGGAGAUCUGGAUGUGUGUCGUCUGCGCCUACGUCGGCGUGUCCAUAGUCCUCUUCCUCGUCAGCAGAUUCAGUCCCUACGAAUGGAAGGUGAAGGAAUCUUUCAGCAAACCUUCUCUGACGAACGACUUUUCCAUGUGUAACAGCUUAUGGUUCACCUUGGCAGCCUUCAUGCAGCAAGGGGUCGAUCUCUGCCCUAGAUCUGUUUCUGGAAGGAUCGUGGGGAGCGUCUGGUGGUUCUUCACCCUAAUCCUCGUAUCUUCUUACACUGCAAACUUGGCUGCUUUCCUUACCGUUGAGCGAAUGGUAACGCCCAUCAAAUCAGCUGACGACCUGGCGAGGCAGACUGAUGUCGAAUAUGGGACGCGGGAUGGAGGGUCUUCGAAAGAAUUCUUUCAGCGAUCGAAAGUGAGCGUCUACAGCCGAAUGUGGGAGUUUAUGAGUUCGCGGCCUCACGUCUUCACAUCUACCUACGAGGAGGGCAUCGAACGCGUGAGGAACUCGAAGGGCAAGUACGCCUUCCUGCUGGAGAGCGUCAAGAACGACUACAUCAACGAGCAGCUGCCGUGCAACACCAUGAAAAUCGGACAAGACCUGAAUUCUAACGGCUACGGCGUUGCCACUCCCCUGGGGUCGCCCUUGAAAGAGCGUCUCAAUCUGGCUAUCUUGAGCCUUAAGGAAAACGGAGAUCUUGCAAGAAUAAAAAACAAGUGGUGGUAUGAUAAAACUGAGUGCGAUAAAGAGAAGAAGGAAACUCGCACAAAUGCUCUUACCCUGAGUAAUGUUGCCGGGAUCUUUUACAUCAUGACUGGAGGCUUAGUGUUGUCCAUGUUCGUGGCACUGGUCGAAUUCUGCUAUAAAUCAAAGAUGGACGCUUCCAAAGCAAAGCUGAGCCUCUCGACAGCUAUGAAAGCAAAAGCAAAGCUUUCUAUAGCUGGUACUCAGGAACUGGAUAAUGGUAGACUAAACAAUCAGCUGUACACACCAAGCAACCAGAUUCUGGACGGAGACAUCAUUCAGUCUAAUACCCAUACGCAAGUAUGACGCCGGCCCAUCUCUACCCCCAUCCUAACCCCACAGGUCACCAUCCCCACCCUUAAUCCCCCCUCCGAAAACCCCGUGAGCCACGCCAGCAUCCCCAGGAGCCACCGGCCCCACCCCAGGCGCCACAGGGGGCACGGCGGCAGCCACCGCUCCCACGAGCCGUGGCGAUCGUCUCAAAUGUCGAUGAACGAUAUGUUCGGGUCCUCCAUAUCGGCCGAUGCCCUAGCGAGGGGUCACCCGCAUUCCUCCUACGGGCAAAUCUCCGAACCUCAUCUCCAGACAACCCGAUUCUCAUCCCAAGUGUCGAGUGAUUCCCAAAACUCGCUGACCCUGAGUGGGUCACACAAAUUACGGUCCUCUCAUGGAUCCUUAUAUCAGUCCCACCUUUCCUGUGAUUAGCUCUAAACAGAUGAGUCUGUCAUGAACUAACUCUUGUGAAUACCUCUAAAGCUAGAUCAUUCAUUCUUAUUUGUGUAGUGAAAACUCCGAAAAGGAUAAAUCUUUCAUCUUCGUACAAUGCAAAGAAAAAGUUGCCCGAAGAUCGCUAUGAUUAUGUAGGCAGAUAGAGAUGUUAAGUUCUUACAUAAGGUAUACUAUCCAUUAAAGGUUAAGAAAAUUAAUGUCUAUAUUAAGUGUUCUGAGACUCCCGUGUGUUUGACAAAACCCAGAAUACUAUUUCUAUAAUAAAACUGAUAACGCAGAAACUAUGAUAUGGGUAGAUUUUGUUUUGAAAAACAAAUCUGAACAUCUUGUACAUCGUAUUUUUUGCUGAUUUCAAAAGCGUUGUAACUAAGUAACAUUUGAUAGUGUUAACUGGUGUGUCUUAUUUGUAUACUACGCUCUAUGGAUAAAUGGUGUAGUGUCAAUUCUCAUUUCGACCCCUGCUUAUUGCUCGCUAACCGAACCAGCCGUAAUAAGUAACACUGUCUUCUGGGGUAAGGAGAAUGGUGUGGAUUUUGCGACCCUAUCCAUA